AUGCCGGACCCACCUGAGGCGCAGUGCCCAAAUACUUCCCCCGAACAAGUCUUGAGGACGCAAGCACAGCGCGGAAAUAUUUUUAAUGAGGACCCUACACAAACGAUUUUACUUUGGAUUACAGGCUUAUGUACCGCUGAGCAUCCGAGUGGAGCACAACGGCCACGUGAGGGCACAGACGCCGAGCUGCCUAUAAAGGCGCUGAGGAAUCACAAGCAGGGCAGAAACCACCAAACUUCUGUCCCCUCUGGAAAAACCCCAUUUGCAAACCCGCAAAUUGGAGCCGCUGCUGCAGAACGUCCACCAGCCCCCGUCAAAAGUCCCUGCUACGUACAUUUAUCCGUGUGCUUGUCAUGA